AUGUCAGCCCCGUACUACACACCCCAACGCCCCUCCUACUUCUCCCCCUCAAACCACCCCUCCACAUCAUCCUCCUCCUCCGCAACUCGCCCCGGCGCGACAUCGACCUCGGGCGCGGGCGCGCCCUCUUUCACACCCGUCAUGCGCGACCGCCAGGCCCGCGGGAAGGACCCGUACUCACCGCACGACAGCCCCUCGGACUCGGAUAUCGAAUUCGACGGCGGCGCGGGUGGUUCGCCUUCGAGGAGCGGGGUUGGUAGGUUGGGACAUCUCGGUCCCGGGGGAGGAGCACAUCACGGUGGCGGCAGUGGUGGAGUGCUAGCAGGAGGAGGAGUUGGAGAUGGUGAUUCUCAUGAAGUCAGGCGACGGAAGCUGUGGGCUGUCGCUGUGCUUGAGGAUCCGGAAAAACUGGCCAUGUAUGCCUGUAGUCGCGGGGAUAGCAUCCCAGGCACCCGCCUCCACUUCACCCGUAUGCUCUGCGGCUUCGACGAGGACGCCACGACGCUGCAGCAAUUGGACCACCGUAAGGCGUCUUCGUCCUCGGCGCGGCGGGAUCCGCGACGGAGGAGCGCUGGAGGGGACCGGAUGGGCCGUCAUUGA